AUGUGUUCAUCUCAAUUUAUUAAACAAUGCCAACAUUGGCAUCUACUAAAACCUCCUAUCAUUUUCACUUUGUCAUCCACAAUACCACAAUCAUUAAUUUUUUAUCGAAAAUUUACAAUUAGACAAAGAGAGAAAUCAACAUUAUCAUCUACAACAACUUCAAUCUCUAGUCAAACGAAAGACAAAUUAUCAAAGGAUAGUAAUGGAAUAGUUCAAUUUCAAAAUACUAAUGGACAAAUACAGACAAAAACGCUGGGCAAGAAAGCACAGCAAGCAGCAAAAGAUAUAUCUUAUACAUUGAUAAUUGUUGCCGGUGUAAGCACCCUUGGCAGUUUAUGUUAUAUCAUAUUGAGAGAAUUAUGUUCACGAGAGACACCCAAUGGAAUUUACAAAGAAGCAUCAAAACUUUGUAUGGAAAAUAUUAAUGUACAAGAUGCUUUGGGAACUCCAAUAAUAGUGCAUACAACUCCUCAAAUAGGCAGUAUGCGAAUGAAUAAUGUUAGAGCCAAAAUAUUUGAUGAAAAAGGUCGUAAAAAAAUGAUUUUAACAUUUUAUUUGACUGGGAAACAACGUUCUGGUGUUGUUGCAGUCAAAAAUAUUUCAAAUUGUUAUAUUUACGAUUAUAUAUUUAUUCAGUUGGAUCGCUCAUGGAAAGGUUUUAAUGUUAUUGACAUUCGAACAUCAGACAGUAAAUUUCCCAUCGAUUCAUCAACACUUAGAGUUUAA